CUCAAACUCUCCAUAUUCGGCAAUGCCCAUAAUACCAUACGGAUUCAUAUGUGAUAAGAUUGUUGUAGCACUGCUGUCACAGGAUAUUGAAAGAGUGACACUUCAUUAAAGUACUCGAAAAGUCAUUUAGAAAAUUCACCCGAAAGUUCUUUUUUAUUAUCUCGAACAUUCUUGAAAAGAUGUUCGAGAGAAAGUUAAAAGCUCUUGACUAUAUAGAUUGGGAUAAGGUAAACGGAAAUGAUGUUCAACACUUUCGAAAAUUGGUCACAUGGUUGGAGGAUCAGAAGAUUCGACAUUAUAGAAUAGAAGAUAGAAAGGAACUGCGUGAUAUUAAUUCAGAGAAUUGGCCACAAACUUUUGCUAAGUACUGUAGUGAUGUUGCAUGUCCAAUUACAACUUGUCCCCUAGAUCAGUUGGAAUGGUUACUUGGAUUUGCUAUCAGAUUGGAGUUUGAAGAUGACCACAAGAAUUACCAACAAGCUACAGGCAAUAAGGCAAAGAAUAAACAAGAAGCGGCAGUACCAUGCGUAAAAUCUUCUAAUCCCUUAGACAACUUAGAUUUUGAAAGCAAUGACUUUAAGAAUGGUGUCAAUGUCAUUGCAAAAAUUCUUCAGGUUCCUCAACAUCCUAAUCACUUAAUAACAUUGGAGGCCUGCAGCAAGAUUGUAUGCAAGAGAUUGAAUCCUAGUGCAUUGGAAAAUCCAAAUUCGGUUAUAGUAAAAGGUAAAGCAUUUCCAAUUUUGGAGGCUGACCUUGGUUUUGAUAUGGGAGAUAAAGUAUUGAACACAGCAGCAAAAAUUCUUCGAUUACUAUACAUACACGAUAUUAGGGACCUACAAACGAAAAUUAAUGAAGCCAUAGUUAGUGUACAAAACAUAACUGCUAAUCCUAAGACGGACACGAAGUUGGGUAAAGUUGGCAUAUAAGUAAUUCUCCAAAAUCCAUGAUAAUUUACACUGCAAUCAAAGGUAACUAGUUACUUGUAAAGUAGUUAUUUGUACAAAUUUUCUUAAAAAAUUUAAAUAGUACUUAAUUCCGUGCGACUCAUGCUGCUACCAUAAUUGAAAAUAUCUUAAAAAGAACUCAACAAUAGCGUUUCAUUUAUUGGACCAAUCGCUUGGUAAACAUUAUCUCACAUUUUACAUAAGACACAUCUGAUGUAUAAUCAUUCUAGAGUUGGCUCCAAAAUUGAAUGGAGAUGUCUCCUUCAUUUUCAAUUGAAGUCUUUCAGCCUUUGAUCUACUUACUAUCCGUAUACUAAUUACUCUUAAAAGUUUAUCUUGCCGAAAUCUAUGUCAAAGCACAUCACUAUUAUUAAAAGAACAAUGUAGUGUAUGUUGUACUUAUAGUAAAUGAUUGCUUCUAAAAGAUUGGUUAGACUUAAACUGUCGGUCGCAAGUCGAGGAACGCAAUUUAUACACGAGAAACUUUUGACACUAAAGCUAAUCAAAUUAGGUCAAAGAGAAUAAAAUAUAAGCAACUGAAUUUUAUUCUCUAAAUUUUCAAAUAUUUUUUACUACCAAUAUAUGGAUCUGUAGAGAUUAAACACUGAUUCCAGAUGAUCUUAAGGGCUACAGUGAAAAUUUUUUAAGAAAACCUAUUGAUUCUUGAUAAUGUUCGAACUAACGAUAACUAUACGAUACGAGAUAUGCACUAACAUAAGUUAUACUAAUAACUUGUAAUCACAAUUACUCUUAAUGAUAUAUUAGUUAAGGACUAAAAAAUGAACAUCACGUGUUGAUAAUAAAUAUUUAUUAAAUGGA